AUGAAGCCUUGGGACCCCCAUGAAAAUUUUAAGAAAGAGAAUGUGAAGUGUGUGCCAAUAUGGAUCCAAUUAGAGGAGUUGGAACUGAAAUAUUGGGGUCAAGGAACCCUGUCCAAAAUUGUAAGUCAGGUUGGGAAGAUGGUUAUGCUUGAUUUGGUUACUAGGGAGAGAGAGCGGUUGAGCUAUGCAAGAGUCAUGGUUGAGGUGAUGAUGGAUCAGAAUUUUCCAGAUUUUCUGGAAUUUGAAAAUGAAUUCGGUUCAACUACUACAGUGAAGCUGAAGUAUGAGUGGAAACCAGUGGCCUGUUCUCACUGUUCUGGGUUUGGACACACAGCGGAUGAAUGUAGGAAACACUCUAAUGGGAAGCCACAAUGGGUUAUAAAAAAGGAUAAUAGGAAGAAGGUUGAGACAGAUGAAGAGGGCUUUGUGAAGGUGACUCGAAAUAAGAGUAAAACUGAGCAGAAUGAAUCAAAAGUUACUGGGAAGAAGGGGGCAAGUAUUAGUAACUCUUUUCAGAUUUCGGAGGACAAUGAAGAAAGCUUGAUAGAACAGUUAAUGGAGAAUAAUCAUGAGACAGAGGGGAUUGAUGCUAGAAAGAUCGGUAAGGAGAAUGUCAUGGAGGGACUUGAAGGAUCUUAA